AUACGCCCUUUCGAUAACGUUUUCAUCACGCCCCUUUCAGCUGUCUGUGCAUGAGUCUUCCUCUGUUAUGUUAUGGCUGCAAAUACAGGAAGUGCAGUAGUUCCCCAACUCCCAGCUUUCAGUGCGCGGGGUAGAAUCAGCCGUUACUUACUUUCGCCAUGUUGUACUAAAACUCACUUAUUUUAAUACUGUAGGGGGAGACUUACUGUUUCCUUAGCAAUAACAUUUAAAGAAACACGUUUUACUCUGAGCCCAACUCCAUCGUCAUCCGAUAACAACCACUCAGAUUUGUGGUUGGCCCUCGACUCCCGGUCUGAGACAGGGAUAAUCAUAGGGCCGAGGGCGAAACGGCCGAAUAUAUUUUCCUUUUGUUUUUAACUGGUUUCUAUGUGGAAUGAGCAUUCCAUGCAUCCUCCUAGGCAUGAAUGAAGUGGCCUGGCAGGAGACCCGGGGGAUAAUGCAUGCUGGUGGUGUUCAGGAAGCCAAUGGUGUUGGGCUUGGAGUUACCUCUGCGGGGACUGGAGUUGUAGCACCUCCCAAUUCUGGAAUUCCUAAUCCUCAUAACCUUGCUGCAGCGGUAGCAUCUGGCGCUCAAACAAACCUUGGUGGACGGUCACAGGAUGAUGCCACAGUUGGUUAUUUCUUUCAGAGGCAACCUGGGGAGCAGCUAGGUGGUUAUUCCAAUAAACAUCGCUGGCCAACAGGAGACAAUGUCCAUAUUGACCAUGCAGUUCGAUCUGUGGAAGAAAUGAAUCAUAACUUUCAGGCCCUUGCACUCGAAUCUCGAGGAAUGGGAGAGCUUCUACCUGCAAAAAAGUUUUGGGAAUCUGAUGAGACUGCAAAAGAUGGGCAGAAGGGGAUAUUCCUUGCAGAUGAGUGGAGAGAAAAUGCAUGGAGUCAUUCUCACCAUCCUGUUUCACAGCCCCUUAUGGUGCAGAGAAGGCCUGGACAUGGUUUCCAAGUAAGCAGUGAAGUAAACUCUGUGCUGUCUCCCCGAUCAGAAAGUGGUGGUCUUGGAGUGAGUAUGGUGGAGUACGUAUUAAGUUCUUCACCAGGAGAUAAGUUAGAUUCCCGAUAUCGAAAAGGAGCAUUUGGUGCUGGAGAAACAGACACAGAUAGUCAUGAAAAGAGAAAUAAAAAGGUGAAAUCCCCUCCGUUCGAAGAGGAUAAAAAUAGGGAACAUAAAAAAGUGGAUGAUGACGACUGUUCCAAAACAAAUGGCAGAGGUUUACCAAAUGGAAUGGAUGCCGAGUGCAAAGAAUUCAAUCGUACUCCUGGAAGCCGGCAGUCAUCACCUACUGAGGCAACUGAACGUAUGGGUCCCAAUAUAAACAAUGCUGAUGGGCUUUCCCAGCAAGCUGUCAGCAAGCCUCAAGUAGAAGAAUUCUCAAACCCUGAAACUCAGAGUUUGGAUUCAAUGGAACAAGUUGGACUUGAUCCUUUACAAUUUGAUUACACAGGCACUCCGGUCUCUGUAGACUCUGCUGGGGCUGCUGUAGGACUUUUUGAUUACAACUCUCAACAGCAGCUCUUCCAGAGGCCCAAUGCUCUGACAGUACAGCAGUUGACUACGGCUCAGCAACAACAGCAGCAGUAUGCACUAGCAGCAGCAGCUCAGCAGCAGCAUAUAGCAGGAGUAUUUUCUGCAAGCCUUGCCCCAGCUGCAUUUGUGUCAAACCCAUAUAUUAUAAGUGCUCCUCCUGGCACUGAUCCUUAUACAGCAGCAGGAUUGGCUGCAGCAGCAACAUUGGCAGGUCCCACAGUUGUUCCUCCUCAGUAUUAUGGAGUUCCUUGGAGUGUAUACCCAGCCAGCCUGUUCCAGCAACAAGCAGCAGCAGCCGUUGCAGCAGCAGCAAACACAACAAACCAGCAAGCUGCAAAUCAGGCAUCUCAGGGGCAACAACAGAUUUUACGUGCUGGAGCUAAUCAAAGACCUCUCACGCCAAGCCAAGGACAGCAAGGACAGCAGCAAGCAGAGUCACUGGCAGCAGCAGCAAAUUCUGGCCUAGCUUUUAGUCAAGGACUUGCUGCAGGACUUCCAGGUUACCAGGUGUUGACUCCAGCAGCUUAUUAUGACCAAACUGGUGCCUUAGUAGUAGGACCUGGUACAAGAGCUGGCCUGGGAGCUCCAGUUAGGCUUAUGGCUUCAACACCAGUUCUUAUCAACACUGCAGCAGCACAAGCAGCAGCAGCGGCGGCAGCAGCUUCAGCUUCUGGAACAGCAAGUAGCCUUGCAGGCGCAGCAAAUGGCCUAUUCCGCCCAAUGGCUACUCAACAGCAACAACAGCAGCAGCAACAACAGCAGCCAAGUGGUAACUUGCAGUCCAGCUCAUUUUAUGGUAGCAACUCUUUGUCCAGCAACUCACAGAGUAGCUCUCUUUUCUCUCAUGGGCCUGGGCAGCCAGGCAGCACAUCCCUGGGAUUUGGUAGCAGCAACUCCUUGGGGGCAGCUAUUGGUUCUGCGCUUGGAGGGUUUGGUUCAUCAGUUGGAAAUUCUGCAAGCAGCAAUGUCUCCAGGAGGGAAUCCCUGUCUGCCAGUACAGACCUUUACAAACGAUCAAACAACAGUUUAGCACCUAUUGGACAGCCUUACUAUAACAGUUUAGGAUUUUCUUCCUCUCCAAGUCCUAUUGGCAUGUCACUACCAAGCCAAACUCCUGGACAUUCUCUAACUCCCCCACCAUCAUUAUCAUCACAUGGGUCUUCUUCCAACUUGCACCUUGGACUUACAAAUGGUAGUGGACGUUACAUUUCUGCAGCACCUGGAGCUGAAGCAAAAUACCGCAGUGCAACUAACACUUCUAGCUUGUUUAGCUCCAGCAGCCAACUCUUUCCUCCUUCUCGUCUUCGAUAUGGUCGAUCAGAUAUAAUGCCCUCUGGUCGCAGCAGAUUACUUGAAGAUUUCAGAAACAAUCGUUUUCCCAACCUGCAACUACGAGACUUGGUGGGACAUAUUGUAGAGUUUUCUCAAGACCAGCAUGGCUCCAGGUUUAUACAGCAAAAACUGGAGCGAGCAACUCCUGGUGAGCGUCAGAUGGUGUUCAGUGAGAUCCUGCAAGCUGCGUAUCAGUUGAUGACUGAUGUAUUUGGAAACUAUGUCAUACAGAAGUUCUUUGAGGUAAAAAUUUUUGGGAGUGCUGAUCAGAAGCUUGCCCUGGCAACACGUAUUCGUGGACAUGUUUUACCUCUGGCCUUGCAGAUGUAUGGCUGCCGUGUUAUUCAGAAAGCUUUAGAGUCGAUCUCACCUGACCAGCAGGUAAUUAAUGAAAUGGUUAAAGAACUUGAUGGUCAUGUUCUGAAGUGUGUAAAAGAUCAAAAUGGGAAUCACGUAGUGCAGAAGUGCAUAGAGUGUGUACAGCCUCAGUCGCUUCAGUUCAUUAUCGAUGCAUUUAAGGGACAGGUUCUUAUUCUCUCUACUCAUCCCUAUGGCUGCAGAGUGAUUCAGAGAAUAUUGGAACACUGUACAGCUGAGCAGACGCUGCCCAUUCUGGAAGAAUUGCACCAGCAUACAGAACAGUUGGUACAGGAUCAAUAUGGUAAUUACGUCAUUCAGCAUGUACUGGAGCAUGGACGCCUGGAGGAUAAGAGUAAAAUUGUUGCAGAGAUAAGAGGGAAGGUUUUAGCUAUGAGCCAGCAUAAGUUUGCCAGCAAUGUGGUUGAGAAGUGUGUAACUCAUGCUACCCGUGCUGAGCGUGCAUUACUGAUUGAUGAAGUUUGCUGUCAGAAUGAUGGUCCCCAUAGUGCCUUAUACACCAUGAUGAAGGAUCAGUAUGCCAAUUAUGUUGUCCAGAAGAUGAUCGACAUGGCUGAAUCUGCUCAGCGCAAGAUAAUCAUGCACAAGAUUCGACCUCAUAUCACCACCUUGCGCAAGUACACCUAUGGAAAACAUAUCCUGGCUAAAUUGGAAAAAUACUAUCUGAAGAACAGCCCUGACCUAGGUCCAAUUGGUGGACCACCUAAUGGAAUGUUGUAAAAUGUGCACAAAUGCAGCUUCAUGACGAUCAACAUGCUUCCAUGUGAAUCAUCAAAAUUAAUUUAAUCUUACAUUAUUUUUUAGUUAAUUUAUUUAUUUGACGGUCGUGUUGUCCAUUUGUAAAUGGUGAAUUUGUGUAUGUGUGUUUAUUACCGUAUUUGUCAUUCCCUGAUUGGAGAAUAUUUCUGGUUGAUAUGCUAGGUAAAGCACAGAAUGCCUGUAUGUGCUGUAAUUGUAUCAAACUAGUUAAUAUUUUGUACAUUUUUACCUGUAAAUUUGCUGUAUAAAUGGACAGUUUUUAAAAUAAAUUGUGCAGUAUUUUAUUACCAUUGUGCAUUCUGAUCAGUUUGCCUGCAGAGCAACUCAACAGAUUUUCAGAGCUGUAUAUAAAAUUAUAUUUUCCUAACAGUAGGUAUUUCCCCUUGGUUAUAAUUAAUUUAAUGUUUGAGAUAUAAUUUAUCCAUUUUAAAUUUUGUACUUAACAUCAGAAGCCAAAAGUAGUGUGAUUAAGUUACAUUUUGAUGAUGCACAAAGAUAUUACAAGUGGAGUUCAAUAGAUAAAUAUGUAUAGAUCUUUGAAAAUAUCAGCAGAGUCAUAAAUAGCUUUAUAAAAGCUUCAUGUAUUUACUAUGGACUUGUCAAUAUGUGUUAACUUUUUAUUUUUGAGGUAGACACUGCCCUGCUUUUUUUCUAGUAAUGUACAGAAGAUUUGUACAUACCUGCAUACAUAUAUAUAUGUGUGUGUGUGUAUAGGUAUAUUUAACUGCUGCACAAAGCAGAGAUGAGAAAUCAUGAAUGGUACUUCCAAGCAAAAGUAUACAAGAAGGCUAUAAAGCACAGUGAGCAUAGCUUCCCAUUAGUUUUUCAAUCUUUUUUGUGAUUAAGGCAAAUGGAGAAGAUUUUUUCUUUUGUUAUAAGUAUGUGGGAGCGUUUGUGGAAGUGUUAGUGGGUUUUUGCUUCGUGAGGGUUAGAUGCAGAAUUAAAUGUAAAAGAAAAGGGUGAUUUGAAGGGAAAAUUGCUAGAUUGUCAUUCAGGUGUGAUAAAAUAUCCAGAUACAAUUUUUGCUUUGUUUAAUAUGAAUAUAUGUAUUGUAUACUUGUAGCUAAUUAUGUAGAUGUAAGUUUACAGUUUGAAAACUGAUCUUUCUCAUUUCAGUAUUUUAUCAACAAGCCUUGCUAAUUUGGUAGUAAUGCUUACUCUGGUUGUAUAAUUGUAUAUUUGUAUACCUUGACGCUGUAAAUGUAAUGUCUUUUAUCCUUAAAAAUGUGACAUUUUAGUGUAUAUUCACAUCCCUGCCCUUGUCUUGGCAUAUAGUGUUGUAUAGUGUAAAUUUAUUCAUCUAAAUCAAGGGAUUUUUAAAAAAAUCUAUCUUUAUAUGGCUUUGGAAUACAAGCUGUUAUUAUUUUAUAUCUGUUAGAAAGUGUAGCUUUGUUUAUAUUUAGAUGUUCAUUCUGUUAAUAUGGUAUUUGAAAAACAAUAGCUGUAACUUGUAUUAGUACAUUGUGCAUAGUCUAGAAACUUGGGCAGAGACAUUACCAUGGAAACCAGUGCUCUCUCCAUCUGGAAUUGUCGCAUGACCAUAAUUUGUACAGGAUGCAGAUUAUAUGUAGAAAUUGCCUGUUCUCAUCUAAGUGAAAAUAUGUAAAAUAUUGCCAGUUUUCCAUUGGAAUGUUUGAGGUAACACUAAUCAGAUGGUGUACAUUUACAGGUGGCCUUAUGUACAUUUCCAGCGACCUUUUUUGCAGACAGAAUUGUGACAAUAUGUGUAUAAUUAAAACAAUCAUUUGUAUCCUUUGACUCUGGAAAUAUUUUAGAGAAAUGCUUUGUAUAUUGUUUUUGAAAGAUGAAGAUCAUGCUUUGUAUUUUGUUAAAAGUCAGUAUUUUAUAGAGAAAAGAUGGGUUUAAUCUGGAGUUUGAUUCUUGAAAUUUUUGAAGCCCUUACUUGUGAUGUCCUUAGCAAGAUCAAAACAAAAGUUGUUUAUUAGGGCUGUGCAAAAAAAUCUACAUAUAGGGUAUCACGUUUAGCACUGAAUUCUAAUAUCUGCCUUAGAUAGUUCUACACAUUGGUUAUCCUGAAAUGUAUCUGCAUGUCUGUGUUUUCAUCAGUGCUUCUGUAAGAAACGUCUUCAAACAUUUGCAGCUAUGUACUACAUCUUGGUCAGCACAGGCACAGCCCUAGUUUCCAUGGCAGCUAUUUUUUUGCUUUACAAAGGGGAUCACUUUGUGAUAAAAUGUUUUGAUUUGGUGCACACAAGUCAAGAGUGGUUCCUAGCAGUUAGGGCUUCUACAAAAUAAGUUUUGGCAAAACCACUAAUAUUUGCUUAAAAGCUCCUUUCUGACAUGAAGUGUUCAUGCGUUCAUUUCACUGUUUAAUUUAUCAGGUCUGCCACUAGACUUUCGAAGGACUUAAAUAAUGUUGUUAUAUUCACUUAUUUGUAAAUGCUGUAUACAGUAAAUGGAAAAAAAAAGAAUUCCAUUAAUGAA